AUGGUGCGCACCCGAGAGAAGAAGCCAAAGGGCGACAGCGCCUUUGCGGUUCGCAGGCAGAAGGUCGGGCGCAAGAAGCUCGCGCCGGCCACUGCCACGCGGGCAGAGGUUCACGCCCGCACCCUGCGCCUCGCCACGUCUACCGCAAUGUCUGCUGCCAUGGCGGCGCCGUGCGUAAAAGAUCCAGCAGCGCACCCUGCGUCGUCUGAGAUGACAUCUGCGGGGAUGAGGAACAGUGAGUCGAAGCACAAGCGCCCCAUCAUCGCCGUGCAGAGCUUCUCGGAGCUGCUCUCCGCAACGCGCCACUACAAGCCGGCGCAGCGAGCCUCGGCCUUCGCGACGCUCACGCGCCUGCUACGCAUUCAGAGAGAAAAGGAUUGCGCCGCGGCGGCUGCAGCGGCUGCAAAGUCAAACGGUGGUUACGCGGCGGCUGCGGCUGAUGCAAAGUCAAACGUCUUUGAGGAGUACAUGCGGUGCGCGGCGGCUGCUGAAAGAGUGCCGUCCCCCUCUGAUGCCUCCCCCACGCGUCUCAGUGGCCUGAGUCCACUCGAGAGGCUCAAGUCGUUUGCGGCCGCACUGGAGGCCGUCACCGACACGGACGACGAUGUGCGUCGUGAGGCACUGCAAUCACUCCAAAUCCUGGUGGACUACCAGUGGAUAUCAUGUAAGCGAGAUGGGUCUCUCGCGCCCACGCCCUCGUCGUCCCUGGGACCGAACCCUACGCAUGAGGCUGCGGAUCUCCAGCGCUGCAACGCGCUGCUCCUCAACAGGCAGGACGGAGAUGGCGGCCGGUGCAGCAGUGCUGCGGUGCCAGGAGGCGUCUUGGAGUCCACCUCGGUGGACCGCGUCCAGGCAAUUCUGCAAGCGGUGCACGUGGCUCUCACCCACGCCCUCAAGCCUGUUCGUCUCUCAGGUGUCGAGCUGCUCUCCCUCCUACUACAGGUGGCGCCGCCGUCUCUGGUGCGCGCCGCCGCGCGUGCCGUCUGUAAACAUCAGACCUCCUACUACUACACCUCCCCGGUGAUGGUUGGCAGCGAGUUGACCAUGGGAGCGUCUGCAUCGCCGGCUGCAACUGCGACCUCAGCAGCUGGUACGGCCACUGCAGCGGCACUGGAGGCGGCACAAGCACGUGCCGCCACACUUCUCGAGGAGGAAGAGCUGUGGAUGCUGACACUGGUGCGACGUGUCUCUUCGCUGGUUUUGCGAACGAAGCACAUGGCGGUGCUUCCAGUGCUACUAAGCGUCUUCCUCGGCGAGGGUGUCAGCCGUGCCGUCGGCGCCUCAGCUGAGGAUUCCCUUACCGCUGAGCUGCUGCACACACACCCUCUGCUCUGCAGCGACGUCGAAUCACGUGUUGUCAGAGCCUCCGACGUGAGUGACGCUGCUGAUGGCAACGGUGGCGCUCUCUGGCGCUACCCUGAGCUUGUGAACUCGUUCUUCGACGAUGUCGCACCGCAGUGGGGGAACCACUGGAAGGAGCUGAUGGAGUUGAGACUGGAGCUGUUGCGGCAAGAGGACAAGCUUGCCAUGGCCUCAGCCCUUGCCCGGUCGUUCGCCACCGUUCUUGUUUUCUUCAAGCGCCAACAGCAGCUGGAGCAGCAGUGCCUUGGCAGCAGUAACAGGCGUAGCGGCUAUGUAAACUUCUUCUCACGGAGUCGGGUGCACUACAUCAAGGCCCUCUUCAUUGAGAAGAUGCCGGUGACAAUGCACGAGCUGCUGCUCAUGUCCUCUGCCGGUGUAUCUGCCACGCCCUCUGCAACAGCAAGCGCAACAGCAGCGGUGGCGACAGCGCCAUCGUCGAAAGCGAUGAAGGCGCGUCUGGAGCUGGCGCUGGCUCUCGUCAUGGUCUGUGUCCCUCUCACCGGCACCGAGGAGGGAUGGCGUCUCAUCCGGGACUACUUCUCCAUCGUCUUUUCUCUGCCGUGCGCUACCUCGACGCCACCAGAGCCCUUCCGCUUCCCUUCCGUGGCGCUUCUGGAGAUGUCGGUGCGUCUGUUUGCCCAGGUGAUGCGCCUCUACCCGUGUGUUGCGCCGCACCUCCACGUAGCAGGCGAGGACCACGGCAGCGCGAAAAGAGACCGCGGUGACGCUACGAGUCUGUCAGUGUCGUCGCAGUCCACUCCUGUCUUUCACCAGCAAAGCAACGUGGCGGAGCGUCUGCUCACCUUCUUCCCCGCCUUGCUAACCACUAUCAUCAAGCACCUGGUGCCGCGCACUGACCCCCCCAGCGCCGGUGUCGGUGAUACUGCAAGCGACGACAUAGCUGUGGUGCGAGUGCUUCUCUGCGCUGCCACGAUACUGGAGCGGUUCGCGGUACUCCCCGAGGACCUUCUCCGUUGUGGUGGCGCUGCUGCUCGAAGGAAGGGGGGCGGCGGUACGACUAAUAAGAGUGAUAGCAGCGCAGCCACAAUAGCGCAGCGACUGGAAGAGGGCUUCAGCUUAGUGCCACGCCUCCUAUUCGCCCUUCGAGAACAAUGGCAGAGGCGGCAGCGCAGGCCCGAGGCAGUGAAGCGCGUGCGUGCAGAGAAUAAAAAUGACAACGACAGCCGCCUCGGCGACGCACCCGCGCAGACAGGCGACAGCGCAACGAUGCCGGCGGUGUCACGCACUGGCGUCCUGCUCGCUUACAAUGGGAUCGUCGAUCUUGUGGUGCACCGUCUCUUGCGGGUGCUCUGGUUCCUGGGCAGCAGUGGCCAUCCUCUUCUUCAUGCCCAGCGCACCAUCUCGACAGGCAAGGCAGCCUCCUCUCCCGCAUCGGCAUUCGUGUGGACGCCCGCACCCCUCGCUGCCCUCCUCACCAAAUCCAUUACAUUUCUCUUCGGCAGCAGCGGCGUUGCCGGUGUGCUGCAGCGGUGCUCCACCCCGACAGUGCUACUGGCGCACAGCACACUCUUCUAUCUUGGCGGUGGCGGCCGUACAUCGAGCCCGAUCGCGCGGAUGGGCGCAGUCGAUGCAAUCUGCGUGACCGCUGCAGACACCGAGAGGACGCCGAUGGAUGAGGCAGCGGAGAGGUGGACCGACAUGCUCGACGUGAUGGGGACACUCCGUGCCCGCGUGCAUGUGGAUGCGUGA